AUGGCGACGGUAAAGAACCAAGACAGUAAUUCCGGCGGUGUGUCGCAGAUCAUCAUGCCAUUAGAUGCGACGAAAGGCCGCACAACGCCGCCGCCAGGUGACGAUAAGUCGUUACAAGGCGUUUCCGAGGAGUUGCCCAUGGACCAAGGUGUCGUCGCAUGGCUUCAGGUCCUGGGAAGCUGGAUCCUCUUCGCCAACACAUGGGGUCUACCCAACUCCUUCGGCGUAUUCCAAGCUUACUACUCCAACGAGCUCCUGCGAGACACGAGUCCCUCGACCAUUGCCUGGAUUGGCUCCACCCAGAUCUUUCUGAUGAUGCUCAUCGGUGUGUGCGCCGGCUGGCUUCUCGACGCGGGCUACCUCCGCUUCAUCCUCAUCUGCGGUACCACCAUGACCUCCUUGGGCCUCUUCACGCUCAGCAUGUGCACGCAAUACUGGCAGAUUCUUCUUGCGCAGGCCUUUUGCGUCGGCGUUGGCAGCGGCUUGCUGGGGUUGACGUCCGUUGCUGUGAUCCCCCUGUACUUCCGGCGGAGGAGGAUGAUCGCGACUGGCAUUGCUGCCACGGGGAGCAGCUUGGCGGGUAUCGUGUACCCCAUUCUGGCGAGGCACCUCAUCGCCUCCAUCGGCUUUCCGUGGGCCAUGAGGGUGUUUGCCUUCAUCGUGACGGGGAGUCUGUUGGUGUGCAUCGCCAUCAUGCGUCUCCGGCCAAAUCACAAGCGCCGUGGAGCCCUCUUCCGCCUCAAGCACUUCCAGGACAUUCCCUACGUUGCCUUUUGCAUCGCCAUGGCGUUGAUGAUCGGCUCCGUAUACGUGCCUUUCUUCUAUGUAGACGCGUACGCCCUUCGUCUAGGUGUCGACCCGGACGCCUCUUUCUACCUCCUCAGCGUCAUGAACGCUGCAAGCCUCUUCGGCCGUCUGGCCCCGAACUGGCUUGCCGACAAGUACGGCGGCAUGACCAUCAUGCUGCCCGGCUGCAUCGGCUGCGCCAUCGUGCUUUUCCUCUCCCGUUUCGCGCACGACCUGCCGGGACUCAUCGUCAUCUCCAUCGUUUACGGGUUCAUCUCGGGAGGCAUGAUCUCGCUGCCGCCGGCCACGAUCGCGAACCUGACGGACGACUUGUCCGAGUACGGGACGAGGAUGGGCAUGGGAUACACGAUUGCUAGCUUCGGCGCGUUGGUGGGGAACCCGAUCGGAGGCGCAGCGCAGAGGCCGCAGGGAGACGGGACGGCGGAAGUCCAGAGGGAGUUCCAGGGGACAUGGAUCUUUGGUGGAGGAGUCAUGCUCGCGGCUGCUAUCUCGAUGGUCGUCUCCAAGUACUUGAGGGUUGGGUCGGUCUGGAGAGGGAAGUGUUAA